AUGGCGACACCUGAGGAAGAAGUCGCACUUCUAGAAGAUUAUGUUAGCGAUUCCGUAGACCACCAUGGAUUUCCCGCCGGAAAACUUUCCACCGGCGGAUGGAGAUCCGCCUGGUAUAUUAUUGGUGUGGAGGUAGGAGAAAGAUUUGCUUACUUUGGUAUUGCCUCCAACUUAAUUACUUACCUCACCGGACCUCUCGGGCAAUCCACGGCGACCGCCGCCGUAAACGUCAACACGUGGUCAGGAACAGCCUCGAUGCUUCCUGUCUUAGGAGCUUUCAUAGCAGACGCAUAUCUUGGUCGCUAUCACACCAUUGUUGUAGCUUCUCUCAUCUACAUACUCGGACUAGGACUAUUGACCUUGUCGGCUUUCUUAAUCUUAAUAAGAAUAUCCGAGCAACGUAACGAUACCGUUAAAUCGUUUUUCUGGGUGAAUAUACUUUUCUUCUGCUCUCUGUACAUGGUGGCGAUCGGACAAGGCGGUCACAAGCCGUGUGUUCAAGCGUUUGGUGCGGACCAGUUUGACUCGGGAGAUUCAAAGGAGAGAAUAUCUAGAGGAUCAUUUUUCAACUGGUGGUUCAUGACUUUAUCUGCCGGAAUCACUUUAUCUUUUCUUGUGGUGGUUUACGUUCAAGACAAUGUUAGCUGGGCCCUUGGUUUUGGGAUCCCUUGUGUGUUCAUGGUUAUGGCUCUUGCUCUCUUCUUGCUCGGAAGGAAAACUUACAGGUACCCAAGAGGUAAUCACAAGGAGAAGAAGAAUGCGUUUGCGAGGAUUGGUAGAGUUUUUGUUGCGGCCUACAAGAACCGAAAACUGAACUUGUCAGAUUCAGGUUUGAGCCAAGGUCUCUUAGAGGAUGGUUCAUCACAGAAACGUAAAGGCUGGCUUGAGUUCCUAGCGAAAGCGUUGCUAUCAGGAGAAGGAGGUGCAGAGGCAUGUAGUAUAAAGGACGUGGAAGACGCAAUGGCUUUGGUAAGGCUUAUACCGAUAUGGAUCACAUCGGUCAUAAGCACGAUUCCGUACGCUCAAUACUCGACUUUCUUCACAAAGCAAGGCGUCACAGUGGACAGAAAAAUCUUGCCGGGUUUGGAAAUCCCUCCGGCAUCCUUUCAGUCGUUUAUCGGCGUUUCGAUUCUCAUCUCAGUCCCAACUUAUGAACGUGUAUUCCUCCCGUUAGCUAGAUACAUUACCAAGAAGCCUUUUGGGAUCACGAUGCUCCAGAGAAUUGGAGCUGGAAUGGUGCUCUCUAGCUUCAACAUGGUGGUUGCCGCGUUGGUAGAAAUGAAACGGCUCGAGACGGCUAAGGAAUAUGGACUUGUGGAUAGACCGGAGGCAACCGUCCCGAUGUCGAUAUGGUGGUUCGUUCCUCAGUAUUUGCUACUCGGGAUGAUUGAUGUGUUCUCGCUAGUGGGUACACAAGAGUUCUUCUAUGACCAAGUUCCAACGGAGUUAAGGAGCAUUGGUCUUGCGCUUUCUUUGAGUGCAAUGGGUCUUUCGAGCUUCUUGAGUGGUAUGCUUAUCACUGUGAUUGAUUGGGUUACCGGAAAAGAUGGUGGAGAUAGCUGGUUCAACACUAACUUGAACCGAGCCCAUGUCGAUUACUUUUACUGGUUGCUCGCUGCUUUCACUGCCGUUGGGUUCUUAGCGUUUUUGUUCUUCUCCAGAUUGUAUGUUUAUCGCCGGGUAGAUCAAGUCUAAGAAUGAGAAAAGUGUUGUAUGGAUAUACUGAUACACAUAUUCAUUGUUCAUAAGGUGCAAAUGAUAUAUAAGACCAUGCAAA